AUGAAUACUCUGUGGAACAAGAGCAACAAAAAAUCGCUCCUGAAUUCUUUUGCCAACGGUUUCUACACCUGCAGAUUUCAGACACCACAGAGAAACAGAAGCAGAAUUUGCAUCCGUAAACACGACAAUUGUAAUAAGAAAAUUCAUUACCAAAUUUCAUUAUACCCCACCAACACGAGCAUAACCGUGUUUUUCGAACCUCAAACGACAUUGCCCUCAUGGCUCACUCAAGAGGAUAUAGAUUAUUUCGCUUCUAAAUUCGAGAAAACUAGCUGCACGGGAGGAUUGAACUACUAUCAAGCGCUACACUUGAGUUCGGAGCUGACAGUGGAGCACGAAUUGAAGUGCCCGUCAAGUUCUUAA